UCAAUAGUGGAAACUUCAUACGGUACAGAAAAACGGAAAGGAGUCCAAAGAAAACGAUGGAGAUGAUAAUGACGAUAAAAAAACUGAUGGUUACAAGAAAAAUGACGGAUCUGAUUUAGAAAAGAAGGAAACAAAAGAUAUGGAAGCAGAAGAUAAAGGAAGUAAUAAAAGCAUAAAGUCAAAGGUCGGAGACGCUUCAUCAUUGAACAAAUCUGCUUCCAUCAAGGAUGGUUCCAUAGAAACAAAACACGCAAUAGGAGAAAGCGAAAAGGUUGUAAUUCACUUUGGAAUGAGUAGGAGAUACUGUAGCUACUGGUGUGAUAUAUUCGAUCUCCUUCAGAACAAUGGCGGAUUUAUAGAAAAUACACCACUUGUCAAUAAAACGGACCAACAGCGUAAUGCAAAGUUGAAUAAAGAUAUAGAUCUAUCUAAUGUAACUUCUCCGGUGAUUUAUAACCGACUUCUGUGUUCACCAUGUAGUCUACUGAUGAAGUUCUCUACAAUUAGCACCUCGUGUAGUGCCGAUAGUGAAGGGAACGUGUAUACUCAAAUCAAAUCAAACGAAACGCAAACAAAUCAAACGAACGCUAAGAAUUCUUCUAAUAGUAACGUAGAAACUCCAUUGGGAACGGACGCAUCACAUACUCUUAAGGCAAAAGAAACAGAAGAAAACUUGGAAAAGAUUACAACCAGUACGAAUAAGGAAAACCCAGAGGCAAAAGCACAUGAGGCAAUUGCUGAUGUAUUAAAAGUAAGUGAUGAGUCCUUAGACCAAUCGGAAUCAAAAGAAACAGACGAUCAAGACACUGAUAUUGAAGAGACAGCAGGUUCAGGUAGCGACUAUAAGGCAGCUAUUGAUGCCGUUCCUCAAAGAAAACUCACAGAAAAUAGUUUAGAAAAGGAUCUACCGGAUGACAAGAGUCACCCAACAUCUAAUGUAAAGACACCCAGUAAUGAGAUAUCACCACCUGAAGUGAAUUCUGAUCCGCCGAGGGACAGUAUAGAUACCAAUACAGACAAAGUGAAUGACAAGAAGCUACCAACAGGUGAAAACAUACAAAAUGCUGCAGACAAGGCACUGUUACAUGAAGGGAGCGAGGGGCAACCGAGAGAAAAAACUGUCUCGACAACAGCUGAAGCGUCAGAGACAAAACAAGACGCUAAUCAGUUGAACAAACCAGAAACUAAUGCAGAUGGAAAACAAACGAACAGUGAGGAAAAGGGAACAAUAACUGUUGAAGGAAACCAACCUGAAACAGAAACAGAUAAGAAGGCAGCGCUGAUUCUGGAACAACUUCAAUCGAAUUUCGACGACUUUCAAGAACAAGUCGUAAGUAAAACAGAUAGCUACUCAAACAAACUUCAAAAUCUUGAAAUGAUGGUUAUAAGACUGGAAAAUCAAUUACUGAAAGAGAAACUUAACAAAAACAACCACUCGAGCACUAUAACGAGGAUGGAAAACCAUAUACUUAAACUAGAGAAUGAGCUUUUGAGACUUAACCAGAGUUACAGCGAUAUUCGACAGAAGAGUGAUUCAAUGGUGAAGGACCAGAAAAAGUAUCUUGAACUUAGCCACAGUUCCCAACAGACACCUGCCUACGGAUAUUCGGCUGUAAGCGGACGGACUAACUCGAUCAGUAUUGAAUUUCAGGCAAAGAUCACCUACUUAACACAGCUGCUAAGUAACCAGUCGAUGACUAUCAGACACCUCAAAACGCGAUCCGAAUAUUUGGAGGACCAGAACCGACUUCUUUAUCACAUGAUCAUGAAUCAAACUGCGUUGAUGACCCAGAUCAUGACAAGAGUUCAGGAUCUUACGGAACAAAAUAUACAACAGAGAAUUGAGGCACAAAAGAUCAGACACGAAAUGGACAAUAUGACAAGUAAACGAGGCAUGGCUGGAACAACUGACAGAUUCCUUCUGGAUAAACUAGAGGAAAUGGUAUCAGAUGUUCAGAAAAAGACAUUGGGUGAUAAUGACGAAAUACAGCAAAAGCAAAUUAAAAUAACUCAUAUUCAUGAAGAUAAAUCUGAGCAGGAACUCGAGAAAUACAUGCAAAAUGAAAGUAUGUCAAAAACAGAAUCCUGGUGUGGGGCUUUGUCUGGUACCGGUGUUCUCGCGACAGUUGUCAAAACGACAUGUAUUCCAUUUUCACUAUUGCAGUGGAAAGUAGGCUUCAAUAGAAAAGAAACAAAGAAAACCAGCUUGAAAUUAUCAGGGACGUCAACAUUGAAAGAAGACGAAAAACCGAUUGAAAAGGAAAAACACACCGCUAAAUUACCAACAGAUAGCCAACAAACCAGAGCAUCUUAUCAAGCAGAAACGUCCCCAAACGCCAAAACCAAGGAGGAUUCCCUAGUUACUACACAAACACCAAAUAAAACUCCGGGGGCUUCAUCUCACACGGGUGCAGAUACCAAUACAGUGGACAGUAAGGUUAACGUUCUUGAACAGGAGGAAAAUUCUAAAGAAAGUGCGGAAAAAGAACUUGGAAAGCAGGGAAAUUUUGAUACUUUACCGACACAAGGGGAAUCAAGUACGAAAGAUUCAAGUGAUGAUCGUAAACAAGUAGAAAGGUCUCCGACAGAUGCUGAUGCUAAAGUUUCUACACACGCGCCGGAUGGUGGUGAUGGUAAGGCGGAAGUGUCGGCGUCUGAUGGUGGUGAUGGUAAGGCGGAAGCGUCGGCAUCAGAUGGUGGUGAUGGUAAGGCGGAAGCAACGGCGUCUGAUGGUGGUGAUGGUAAGGCGGAAGCGACGGCGUCUGAUGGUGGUGAUGGUAAGGCGGAAGCGUCGGCGUCUGAUGGUGGUGAUGGUAAGGCGGAAGCGUCGGCGUCUGAUGGUGGUGAUGGUAAGGCGGAAGCAACGGCGUCUGAUGGUGGUGAUGGUAAGGCGGAAGCGUCGGCGUCUGAUGGUGGUGAUGGUAAGGCGGAAGCGUCGGCAUCAGAUGGUGGUGAUGGUAAGGCGAAAACGUCGGCAUCAGAUGGUGGUGAUGGUAAGGCGAAAACGUCGGCAUCAGAUGGUGGUGAUGGUAAGGCGGAAGCGUCGGCAUCUGAGAAAGACAUGAAAUUGUCAGAAAGCGCGUCUGAUAGUGGCGAUGAAAAAGUGAAAACUUCAAUGUCGGGUGCAGAAUCUAAAGAUUCUUCACACAUAGCUGAUAAUAGUGAUAACGUGAAAGCUUUAGAUACAGGUUCGGAUAUACGUAUUGACACAGCAGAUAAAUCAGGGAAUGGAAAUGAACCAGUAGAUGUAAACACAAAAGCGGCUUAUAAAAAAGACACACAUCUAACUGAUGAAAUUAAAGAAAAGGAAAAUACAAAGCCGGAAAAAGACGAGAAACUAAAAAUAAUGGACACAAAGAAACACAACAUGACAGAUUCUCAAAAUAAGAAAGAAACGACAUCUCUCAGUGCCGAACAGAAAGAAACCAAAUUGACAUCUGGAGAAAGUGUAGGUAAGACCGAAGGGAGAGAUGCUACAUCAGCGAAGGAUGUUCAAGAUGCAAACAUUAAUACAAAACCAACAAAGGAAACACAAGAGAAGGUCGAAAGUAAGAAACAGGACCAGAAAGAACAGGUCAAAAAGGAGGAAGUGAAAAAGGAAAUAGGAAAUGUUAAAAAGGAAGAAUCAAAAACGGAAAAGCCUAAAUCGAAAAGCGAUGAAGCGGUAAAAGUGAAAUCUAAAGAAAAGAAAUCAGAAGAACCAUUGAAGAAACCAAUAAAGUAUCUAGCUAACGGACAGAAAGAACCAAAAGAUUGCUAUGAUUACUACAAGCGAGGUAACAAGAAAAGUGGCGUAUUCAAGAUAAAACCAUACGGAAGGUCGUCAAUGGUGGAAGUCUUCUGUGACAUGAAGAAUGGUGGAUGGACUGUGAUACAGAAGCGAAAUGAUGGCACAACAAGGUUCCUGAAGAAAUGGCAAGACUUUAAGGAAGGAUUUGGAGGCAUCCAUGGAGAACAUUGGCUUGGAAACGAUUACAUUCACUACUUGACCAACCAAGACCACUACACACUACGGAUAGAACUUACAGACUGGAAUAAAACAAAGAAAUUCGCAGAGUACGAUUACUUUAUGAUUGAUGACGAGGCUGAAGGAUAUCGACUCCAUAUUGGUGGUUACCAUGGAGACGCAGGUGACGGAAUGGCCAAACAUAACAACCACAAAUUUUCAACCAUUGACGUAGAUAAUGACAAGGUGACAAAAGAAUUCGGAGGCAGUUGUGCUAAACGGUUUAGUGGGGCUUGGUGGUAUUACAAGUGUUACAUGUCAAACCUUAACGGGAUCUUCUACAGAAACGGUGCGAUACCACCCAAACUGUUCGACGGUAUCACAUGGAAACCUUGGACUGGCUCUAACUAUUCUUUGAGAAGUGCUGAGAUGAAGAUUAGACCCAGUAAUCUCGCCUAAACUGAUGGUCUUUUGAUAUGAACAAUCGUAAAAUUAUCAGUUGUAUAUCCUAUAAUCCGACGAGGAUAUAAUGUGUCCAUAUAAUCCAGUGGUACUGUGGUUGAUAUGUAGUGAAAGAGAACCAUUCUAUAUUCAUAUGCUGCCAAAAUGUGCCGUGUCACUCUUAACCAAUUAGCAAAUUUCUGAUUUUGCUUUUAUCGUAGUGACAGCGAUCAAACACCGUUUACCAAAUUAAAGAUGAAGCGUCAUAUCUCGACCAUAGGUGUUUAGCCCGUCCAUUAGUCACAUACCGAUUAUGAGAUAAUAUAUAGAAACAUAAAUGGCAUAAUCGGUCUUUGACGAAUGAGCGAGCUAAACACAUAAUGCCUUUGUCUGAAAUUGUUUCAGCGCGAAUGUCAAAUUGUAAGACUGAAAUUAGCAUUUAGUUGUCGUUUUCCUGACUCCAUUUAACAAGGAAAAUAUAACCAAAAAAAACCCCGAAACCUGUUAUUACAAUCUAUAAUAAUAUAAUAACAAAGAAUUAACAAAGUGCCUUCCAUAGUGAGUUUCAUUAAGUUUCGUUGUACAGUUGAAAUUAAGGGCAGUUGUGCAAUAUUUACGGUGUGCACGAUUGGCGAGUCUUGGGCGCGAUGUGCUGAAAGGUUCAAUACUGUAUGUUUGGUAAUUUCCGCGGAGGAUCUAAUUUCGCUUUAUUGCCGGCCUGUUUACAAGGCAUGGUUUCGCGAAAUUUAAUACCUGCGACUGGGACAACCGCGAAAUAUUAGCCUGUGAAAUUAACAACUACAUAGAGUACUACAGGAGUGCAAUAAUGUUUGUGUGUGGGAGGAUGUUUGUGCGCGAGUGUCUUUAAGUAGAGCAUACUUCAGUGAAAAAUGAAACUAUGCAUUGGUAUUUCCCCCCGUAUUCUAAUGAAGUAAAUCAAGAGAUGUAAACCAAAAUUGACAUGUGGCUUAUUGUCUAAGGUAUGAGCUCAAUAUAUAAUACGAUAUUAUUACCGGUACAAGCAGAUUACCAAAAACCUCAAAAGUCAGUUGUCAGGAUUUACUAAACACGUGAUGUUCUUAUAUGUGUAAUGAUAUUGUAUUCUGAGGAUAGUAUGUAAUUUCAUCGUAUUUUGAAGAUGUUAUGUAAUGAGGUUUCACAGUUUUUCAUAUGCAAUUCUCUAAUUUAUUUUAGUGGUGUCACUUUAUUAAAUCCAUAUCGCCCGUCAAUUACAGUCAAUUAUUAUAUGAUAAUUAUCACUAAAGUGAAGUGUCGGAUAUGGUGAAGAAUUAGUGGUAUUAGUAGCUAUUAUAAUGUUAUUAUAUGUUAUUAUAAUCUUUCAAAUUAUCAUCAAUUGAUUUGUAAUAUAGCUACAUAAUAUUUUGAAAUAUAUGGUAAAUCAGCGCCCUCUAUAACUUACACAACUUUGCUAUGAAUAUACGAUAGGCUGGCAACAGAAGAUGAAUAAGACUUUACAGCUUCUUAAUCGAACGAUGUUGUAAAUGACCACACUUGUUUUCAUUACUUAAACAGUUUUUUUCACUAGUUACGAUUUAUUUAUAUGUAUGAAUGCAACAAUUGGUGCCAAAUCUUGCAAUGCCAUUGCAAUAUCUUCCAUACUUUUAAAUGUACAUUCUGUGUCAUUGUUUAUAAUCCAUUUAUUCUGUGAAAUUCAUCAUAAAUCAUCUUUGUUAUAAUAAAAUAUUUAAACAAGUAUA